AUGAUCCAUUCAAAAUGGCGAUUCUAUUUCGAGUCAGGCCUUGAUGACCUGGUGGACAUGAAGUGGACUAUCCUAGACUGGGAUACUCGCAGAUGGCUGCAACUCGUCGGCCCUUCAGAACUACUCAGCGGAGAUGAUAUUGAAGAGCAUAUAAAAAUCGCAGCCCGAUACGCAGACCAGCUUGGUCCGGACAACCACACCAUAGUUGUUAAUAAGGACGGGGCCUUGGAAAAGUUCACCAGCGAAGAUGUUACGAUAGAAGUUCGAUACCCCAAGUACACUGGGCCUAUGGACAAACAUCAAGUUAUACAUAGGUCAGAACUUACUGAACUUGACAGGCUCAAUGUUGGCACCGAUUUGGUGGAGUACAACUCUUUCGAUGGCGAGACGACAGGGAGCGCGUCGUCUUCAAAUAUAUACUCGUCAACAAGCGAUGAUCUCUUUGUCUCGUUCCACCGCAUCGUUAUCGACGACGUUAAUGGGACCAUCUUCGGGUUUACAUCGAUAUACGUAUAUGGCAGCACUCUUAAGGAUUACCGCGGCACUUUCUACUUUCAUUGGUUGAAGCAAAUUACCGAUGCAAUCGAUCAGUCGGCAAAGGUGGGUGGACAGAGCUGGUUGAGUGCUGCCAAUGACGUCGACGCCGCCAUUAUCACAGCGUAUGAGGCACUAACUGGAGACGAACGAUUUGUCGGUAUACAGCCCGAUGAACGAGACACUGGCAAUAUUGAAAAUAUGGAAGAGCGGACCCUACAGCUUCCUCUUGAGAAUGGAUUUGAUAUCUCGGACUACAGGAAGUAUUUGAGUGACUGGGCAGCCGUACGCCUGACCACGAAGACGAUCAGGCAUCUUUCUGAAGCGACUGAGCCGUUAGCAUUACCGGAGUACCCCAAACUUGAACCUCUCAUACCGCGUAGCGAAUUCAGAGAUUAUGACGUGUACACGCGGUCGAGAGUCGAUGCAGAGCAGGCAGGGGACUACGUUACGCGCUGGGAGAGGCCAGCGCAACACGAGUUAGCAAGGGCUAAUUGA